AUGCAGAUACAAUCAAAUGGCCAACUCAACGACUUUGGAAAUGAGGCUAUAACAUUGCUUAUUGCCGAGGAACAACUUGCACAGUUCAAGUCGAUUGAACUUGGAGAGAUAAAGAGAAGGGAAAAACCAUCAAGCGGAACAACCAAGCCGUGCGCAAUUUAUUCCGCUAGCACGGAAAAAAAAUAUCAAAAUAUUACAGUUCCUGCUGCUGCAAUCUUCAAGAUCUCCACCGGCUGGUACCAAAUCCCAUACCCCAAAAUGAAUGAAACAAUCCUGCAAAAGUUGGUGCUCGAAUUGUACCCUGAGGACGUAAUUGAGGAAAUUGUCCAGUAUGCUGGAUUGAACCAGCUCAUACAGCUUUUAAAGCCCCAAAAUCGAGAGUUUCUCAAUUGCAACCACCACCUCCGUCACGCCAUAGAUAAGCUUAUUCAAAAGUCCAGUGGGAAAAUUCAAUUCAACAAUAGGAUAAGCCGCCCUUCGUUUUUGCACAUCUACUUGCGAAUACCGACUUUUAUCGAAAAGGAAAAUGUACACUUUUUGCAAAGCGAGCAAGAUUUCAUCAUAUUGGACCAAUAUUGCCGAGCUAGAGGCUUGGAUGUCACGCUAACUAUAGCAUACUUUUUCUGGACCUUGGCCGACAUUUUCGAUUUCAAGGAGUUGAUUUCCGCACUAGGAGACGGGAGUGGAGUCAAAUACCAGAUUGAUCUUGAUUUUUUGGCGGGGCUCCUUUACCUGAUCAAAGUCGAAGUGCUAUGGAGGCAAUUGAAACAGCAAUGCGGAAUGUCAAUUGAAACGAUUGUGUUUACAGGCCACGAGUUCCUGUCGAGAUUCUACCUUGAUUAUUUCCCUAACCUCAAGGCGCUCUGCGUGGGUGAUUGCCGGGAAAUAGACUUCCAAUACAUGCAGAAUCUGCAUCUUGAAAAAUUCGCCCUUGGCGGCGACCUCAACAGGAUAUUCAAUAGAACUAAUAAAUUGGAGUUGACUUCACUACCUGAAACUUUGACUUAUCUCCGACUAGGCCGGGUCAAACUCGAGGACAAGUCACGAGCUGAGCCCGAGGAAAGAGAGAGGAGGCAAGAUGCGUCCCAGUUGCCGAGCUUGAAUCCAGUGCCGUUAAAGUUAAAAACGCUCCGGUUCGAAUAUUCCACAUUUCUGGAUUGGGAGCCCGAUGAUGUCGCGUCUAUUCUUGAAGACCAGUUUCUACAGCCAAAUGUAGGACGUUUACAGGAUUUCCAAUUUGUAACGUGGCGGCGAAAUGAACGUUUUGCUCCUGUUGUGGCAAAUCAACAAUUUGAUCGCGACUUGAUAAAACUAUUCAACAAGGUUAUUUGCAAAGACUUGCACUCUCUAGACUUGACCUUACCAAGCAGAGACCUCACGCUUUGCUUGGAGAAUUUUCCCACUUUGCAAAAAUUGACAAUAAGGGCCCAGGGGAACCUGGAAAUAUUGAACCAAUUGCAAUUUCCCGAGACUCUUGAAAAGCUAGACUUGAGCGACAAUGGAAUUGUGGAUUUCUCUAGCAUCGACAAGAGUCUUCCCUUGAAUUUGAAAAUGUUGGACUUGAGCGACAAUCCCAUCAACUGGAGCACAUAUACUCCCGCGUUUGACAAGCUUCAAAAGUUGCGGAAACUCAGACUUUUCAACACACACAUUGGCUCCAAUAUUGACAAGAUCUCGUUUCCUGACUCGAUUGAGCAGCUCUCGCUUGAAGUGAAUCAAAUUCAAUCGAUAGAUGAAGUGAGAUUUCCCAAAAAUUUAUCCAACUUGGGCAUUGGGUCCAACAAAUUGUCAACGGUGUAUAAACCGCAUUUCCCCGCUUCCCUCAAAACUUUGCACUUGACGGAAAACUUGUUGAGAAAAGUUGACCUCCACGAGUUUCAGUUUCAGAAUCGCACCGCGUGUCGCAUUGAGAUUUUGUAUUUGAACUACAACAGAUUAUCAAACGUGAGCAAUUUGCAACUACCGCAAACUUUAAAGAUCCUCAACUUGGAUGGAUGCGAGAUCAAAGCCAUUUCCGGUGUCGAGUUUGCACCAUCGAUAGAGGAACUCAGCAUUCUGGGCUGUGACCUAACUCUAAUGAAAAACGUUACAUUUGGAGAGCAUUCCCGAUUGAAAUACUGCUGCCUCUCGGAGAAUGAAUUGCGGAACAUCGACGAGGUCAAGUUCCCGCAGUCGGUAUUGGACAUCAACCUUUCUCGAAACCUGUUGUUAAAGAUUCCUGCCAGCGUGAAGAAGCUUGGCAAUUUAAAAGUGCUCAAUCUCUCCACCAACUUUAUCCGCACUGCGAUUUACGAAUUCCAGACCUCGAGCAUCGAAGUGCUAGAUUUAUCCUUCAACCACAUGAAAAAGCUCAAGUUGCAGUUCCCACUUGCCGCGAAGUCGAGAUUGCAAUCCAUCAAUCUCAACAUGAAUGAAUUGGCUGAAUUUGAUCUACAUGAUAUCGGCCACGACCCGCAAACGAGGCUCCCGCAUACAAGAUUACGCGAAAUCGAUUUGAGCUGCAACGACCUAUUGAAGCUGGCACAAUUGGAAAGCUUCAACUUCAAAGCAAGCUUACCGCUGUCCCUUUUGUACUUGAUGACGAGCCCCGGGAUAAACAAUGACAAUGGUGCUCCUGCAGUGCGAAUUGGACACCACUAUUCAACGUCGAUUUUGUCGUCAAGUUCUUACAACCGAGUUUUGGACCACAAGAGUUAUGACGCCAGGGACGACAUAUACCUUUGCGACAGGAAGCGCAUCGAUUAUCCGAGCUCUAUUUAG